CAUUCGCGCGGCCGCAGCGCGCACCGCGGAGCCGGGGGGCAGCGCCCCGCGCCCCGCCAUGGCCGACCCGGCCGUCAGCGCCCACCUGGAGGGCAUCAUCUCCGACUUCGAAGCUCUGAAAAGAUCCUUUGAGGUCGAGGAGGUAGAUCAGUCUUCAAAUUCCUCCACCCCACAGAGACGGGCCCCGAACACCCUCCUCAGGUCCACCGUGUCCAGCUCCACGCAGAAGUUUCAGGAACUCGGCGCCAGGAAUUCGGAUCCGUCCAUGCGCCACGCGGAGCCCACGGUGCAGAGAUCCCCCAAACCCCCUCUGAGGAGGGUGGAGCUCCCYGGACCCAAAGCGCCCGAGCCGGUGUCCAGGAGAACGGAAAUCUCCAUCGACAUCUCCUCCAAGCAGGUGGAGAACUCCAGCUCGGGGCUGUCGCGGUUCGGGCUCAAGCGGGCGGAUGCGGGGCACAAACCGCCCGAGCCCGGCGCCCGCAGGACUGAGAUCACCCUGGGCAAGCCGCAGGAGCCGGGGCUGCGCCGCGCCGAGGGGCCACCAUCCAAGAUCCCCGAGAUGACCCAGCGCAGGGCCGAGGUGACCGCUGCCACCGCCCCGCCCGACRCGGCGCCCCGGCGYCCCGAUGUCCAGGGGGUCAAGGCCRCCGAGGGUCCGGCCCCGGCCGCACGGGGGGCUGAGAGCACCGAGCCAGCCCUGYCCACACUGCCCGUCCUGGCUGAGCCAAAAACACAGCCUGUGCCCGUGGAGAGCCCCGCCAGGAGAGAGCAAGGCCCAGAGGCUGUCCCCAGCCACGCUCCCACCAUGACGGACGCCCCGCGGGACGCCGGCCCCAAGCAGGCGGCACCGGCACGGCCGGACAAGCCAGCGGCGGAUUUUGGCUACGUGGGCAUCGAUGCCAUCCUKGAGCAGCUGAGGAGGAAAGCCAUGAAGCAGGGCUUCGAGUUCAACAUCAUGGUCGUGGGGCAGAGCGGCUUGGGGAAAUCCACGUUAAUCAACACCCUCUUCAAAUCCAAGAUCAGCCGGAAAUCUGUGCAGCCAACUUCUGAGGAGCGCAUCCCCAAGACCAUUGAGAUCAAAUCCAUCACUCACGAGAUUGAGGAGAAGGGGGUCCGCAUGAAGCUGACRGUCAUCGACACCCCGGGCUUUGGGGACCACAUCAACAACGAGAACUGCUGGCAGCCCAUCAUGAAGUUCAUCAAUGACCAGUACGAGAAGUACCUGCAGGAGGAGAUCAACAUCAACCGCAAGAAGCGGAUCCCCGACACGCGGGUGCACUGCUGUAUUUAUUUCAUCCCAGCCACGGGCCACUCGCUCCGGCCGCUGGACAUCGAGUUCAUGAAGCGCCUGAGCAAAGUGGUCAACAUCGUCCCGGUGAUCGCCAAAGCCGACACGCUAACGCUGGAGGAGAGGGACUACUUCAAACAGAGGAUAAUGGCUGAUCUUCUGGCCAACGGCAUCGACGUGUACCCCCAGAAGGAGUUUGAUGAGGACUCUGAGGAUCGGCUGGUCAACGAGAAGUUCCGGGAAAUGAUCCCGUUUGCGGUGGUGGGCAGUGACCAGGAGUACCAGGUGAAUGGAAGGAGAAUCCUCGGCAGGAAGACCAAGUGGGGCACCAUUGAAGUGGAGAACACAACACACUGUGAGUUCGCCUACCUGCGGGACCUCCUCAUCAGGUCAGUGCCUGGCCCCAGAGCCCUGAUCACCUGGUGGCAACCAGCACAGGGGACAGCACAGCCCAGCUGGAAUCAGCUGCUGCUCUGCUCUGCUCUGUGCUCCAUCCCCACAGCCCUGCCUCCCUCCCAACCCUCUGCUGCUCCAUCCCCACAGCCCUGCCUCCCCUCCCA